GAAACCAGCUCUCUGUCUCUCAUCGUGUUCAUUACAGAAUACCUCACCAAAAACAACAGAUGGAUUCAGCGGAGCUGCAGCUACGUCUAGCCCGAUAUCAGGUGCCACAGUCUACUCUCGUUCAUCUCCCCCCAAAUCCAUGCCUAAAAAAUACGACGGCUCCCCAGGGAAAUGUCAAGGAUUUCUCAUGCAAUGUAACCUGUACAUAGACCAUCACCCCGCUGACUUCACCUCUGACAAAGACAGGGUGGACUUUGUUAUCUCCCAAGCUCUGGAUUGGGUCACAGCCCUGUGGGCCGCUCAAAGUUCUGAUCUGUCCUCAAUCACGUUUCCACGCCCUCUUCAAGGAGGUGUUUGACCAUUCAGUUUCAGGUCGUCACACGUUAUGUGAGCUGCGACAGGGCCGUUGCUCCACCACUGAGUAUGCCCCUGAGUUCCUUACCAUGGCUGCCGGCAGUGGAUGGAGUGAACCAGCUCUCCUUGUCUACCGGAGGGGUCUUAAUCGGGAGUUACAGACCGAACUGGCCUGCAGAGGAGAUUUAAUGGCCAUAAACCAAAACAUCCGGAUGUCGAUAUCCAUUGGCAACCUACUGGUGGAACGCAGACCUAUACAGUCCCCCAUGGGCUGCGAGUCUUCCACACCCUUCUCUCGUCCACCACGGUCUAUUAGCCCCGAACCCAUACAACUCGGCCACCCAUACAACUCAGCCCCUCUCACGCCUGCCGAGAGACAUUGGAGAUUACGUGAAAACCUGUGCCUUUAUUAUGGAGAGAGUAACCACCUACUCAAUAGCUGUCCGAUUCGCCCCCUCCCCCACAAAGGGGUGACCACAACCCCACCACAUACGCCCUGGAUUAAUGUGCUGGACGGACAACACCUCAGAACUGGUCUGGUGACUCGCAUGACCGAAAGUAUCACCCUUAAGAUUGGCCUCCUUCACUCUGAGGUCAUUCAGUUAAUGGUGUUGUCUUCGUCUAAAGAACCCCUUCUCCUCGGGUCACCCCUGGCUAAGCCAUCACGACCCUGCCACCUCCUGGCGGCAAGGGGAACUGCUGUCAUGGUCUCCCGCCUGUUUUAAGAACUGCUUCAAUCUACCCUGUUGAGCCACCUCUAUAGAAGAGGCCCUCGACAUAGGAUUCAUCCGUCCAUCCAUGUCUCCGGCUGCAUGCAGUUUAUUUUAUGUGGGAAAAAAAGAAUGGUAAUCUCCGUCCCUGCAUAGAUUACCGACCUUACGAUCAAGAAUCGCUUCCCUCGGGCCUCCCGGGUGGCGCAGUCUAGGGCACUGCAUCGCAGUGCUAGCUGCACCACCAGAGUCUCUGGGUUCGCGCCCAGGCUCUGU